AUGAGUGUGCGCAAGGCGCACAACUCCGGUCGAAACCACUUGAGGAACGUUGUGGAGUACUAUCAGCAAAUCGGACAAGAAAACGCCCAAUCUGUCAUUGACUCCAUCACGGCAUCCUACGCCGCAGAGGGCCAGCCCCUCCCUAAUCCCGCCAUGGUGCCAGGUGCAUUCCCGCCUCCAUUUGGCUUCCCAGCCCCCGGCGCCCCCGGCGGUCUUCCCUUCCCACCUCGCUUCCCUCCCAAUGCCUCCGGCACUCCUCCUCAGGGAGGUUUCCCGCCCCCGCUUCCGAACAUGCCUCCCGGCUCAAGCCUACCUCCCCUUCCUCCAGGCGGCUUCCCCGGUUUCCCCAUUCCUCCUCCUGGUUCGGCCGGUGCGUUUCCCCCACCCAUGCCAGGUGGUGCAACACACUCGCCCAUUCCAUCUGGACCCCGUGGUUCAGAAGGAUACCCUCCUCCAGGAGGCGGUCCUCCCCCAGGAAUGGACAAGUGGUGA